AUGGGUUCAGAAGAGGACAUACGUGGAAAAACGGUGAAAAGAAAGGGACCGAGGCUUCAGCUGACUAGCCUGCCAACGGUGCCCGUGGGAUUCAAGGGUUUUCAGAACCUUAAAUCGACUUACCUAGCAGACACAAAUAUUACUGAUGAUGGUCUUCAACAUUUGAUGUCCAACUGCAGUGUUCUAGAGUUCCUUGGAAUUGCAGGUUGUGCAAUGCUUACAACGUUGCAAAUAUCUCAUCCUUCAAACACACUUAAGCAUUUGCAUGUAUAUGACUGCUGUUUGCUUCAAGGGAUGGAGUUAAACUUUGGUCUGGUAAGACUUGAGUACAGAGGUCUGCCGAUUGUGUUAUCGCCUCCUGGAACCUUGCUUCUAACAAAUAUGUGCAUAAAGUUGGAGGGUAUUUGUACUUCUCUUGAAUACAUCUUCACCAAACUUCGUGAUAAUGUGCCUCGUCUCGAGGUUCUGAAUCUAAAAUGCCAGGAGUAUAAGAUGACUACAUUGCCAGGAAAGCUGCAUGAGUUUGUUUAUUUGAAGCACCUGAUAUUGGAGUUAACUUUUGAGAGCUGUCAGAGAGGGAAGACUGAUAUCCUUCAAUUUGCCUGCCUUCUGGUUGCUGCUCCUUCCUUAGAAAAGCUUGAAUUUCAUAUGUGGCUGCGCUGGGGUCGGGAACGGUAUAGAGCCGAGGACGGGAGUCUCCGGAGCCUUCCUUCCCAGCCACACUCCCAUCUCAGGUCGGUCGAUAUCACGGGGUUUUACGGCGAGAAGGACCGGCUGGAGCUUGUGCUCCACAUCCUCAGAGAUUCCGUUGCGCUGGAGUCGAUGAAGGUAGAUCCAAGCCCUGUGGUUGCUGCUGAUGUUAACCGACUUGGGGGACUGGGGAGCAUGCAUGUUCCUCAUUUUGUGGAUGGCUAUGAAGUCGCCCUUGAGUUCCUCUGCAGCAGAGACCGUCGCAAUGUUGUCCAUGGCGCGAGCCCCGAUAUCAUCGAGAGGGCCCGACGUGGGUCUUCCCCCCUGAGUCCACGCAACAGUAGUGCAAAGGCAUCCUGGCAACGUGUGAAGAGGGUGAAGCGAUUGUCGCGGCCUUCCUCCAGCCGAGGAGCUUCCUGA